AUGGAGGCCAUCAGUGGCGGAGCCUCCGUACUCGCUUUUAUCGGAAUCGCCCUCAAAUCCACCGAGUCAGUCUACAAGACCAUAUCAGGCAUCCAGGAUGCGCCUGAGAAAGUCCAGCGCCUGUCGUCAGCAACCGAAGAUCUGCAAUCAAUCCUGAGACAGCUUUCGAGCCUUUUCGAACCACCAAACGCUGCACAGUCUUUCGACGAAUUCGAAUCAGCCAUCAGGAAAUGUGAAAGCGAUCUCGCAUUCCUGUCCAAAAAGCUUUCAACACUACAGGAUACAGCAGGCGACCGGAAGUGGAAAGCUGCCUGGAAACGGAUCAAGGCUAUCUUGGAGAAGGAAGACAUGCAGGAAAUGUGGACGACAGUGCAUCAUCACGUCACUGUCCUCGGCGUAUACUUGGGGCUGCUUCAAAGUUUUUCCGCCGUUCGCCAGAUGCAAAGCAUUUCUGCUCUCGAGCAAGCCUUCCAAACGAACACCGACCAUGUCAUCUCCAACACUCAAAAUCUUAGAGUGCAGGCUAGUUCCAUAUCUUCUUUGGAUGGGCGUCUCCAGCUUUUCGAGAGUUACUCUUCUGCCGCACAACGGAGCACUAAGCAGGCACUUGAUGUACUAGGCAAGAAGAUUGAUUCCAUGCCGUCGCUCUCGCAGAACCAGUUCGAUAUCAUCAAAGGAAUGCUGGAGCAGCUGUCCAUCCAACAAGAGCAGAAAACUGGUGAGAGGCAAAGCAAAUCCUCCCAGCUCUCUUCUACCGUCUCAGAGAUCGAUGAAGAUUCCAUCUGCGACAUCAACUCUAGUUAUACUGCCAGUUCCACAUCCAGUCCAAACCUUGGAACGUCCUCCUCCAGCAUCCUCCAAUCGAUAAUGAGGCUAUGCAGGCUCGUCGAUCACAAAGAAAAGACUAUCGGCUCCUCACAGGCAGCGGAGAUCAUUGAGGAUCUCGAAACCCUACUGAAAACGGUUCAAGACGAGCCAUCGACCAUCGCAGGAGAAAAACGCAAACGAGACGACGAAGCCGAAAUCGCAAAGUCUAACAUCAAGAGGGUCAAAGGUUUACUAACCUCAGCCUACCACAUUAAAGUCAAUAACGAAAUCGACAAGGGAACAUCCAAAGUCGUGGCCACAAAAGACGGCACGCUGCUCCUACGCACUCGUACCAGGCUCGAAAGUAGCACGUCCAUGAACGAGAGAAUUUUGGAGUUUGCUGCCAAUCUCACCUUCAUGUCAUCUCGUCCGGAGCUUAGGAUGAAGUUGUCCGCAUCCUUUUAUCAACGCAUGUUGUCAGAAGGCGGCUACCUGGUCAUUCCGCCGAUGUUAUCCGUGCACUUCAUGAUUUCCGACGACUCGGAAAUUUUCAAGCUGAUCCUAAAAAACAACCUCAAAGGGGUAGUAGGACUCAUAGAGCAAGGACGAGCAUCACUCAGAGAUUGCGACACGAAAGGCCGGUCGCUGCUUAGUGCCUCCUUUGGUGCAGGAAAAGGGAAUGAACGCCUUGCACGAGCCACUCCGCUCGCACGUCUUCUCGGAAGUUUGGGAAAUACGGAUUUUGGAAAUGAACAUUUGUUCCAGUUAUUGCAUAGCAUGCGAGAAUCAAUUGACACCGAGCAGCGGAACGAGGAUUAUUUGACACCCUUGCUUGAAUAUGUGGCUGGGAGACGUCACGGACUGAUGGUGGAUAAUUAUUUCAGCCACGCCAAUGUCAGAUUCCUGAAGUCAUUGGGUGCUGACUUCCACGCCAAAACCCCGGAUGGGAGCACAGCUUUACACAUCUCGUCGAAAUUUUGGUUAAUAGGAAGUGAUGCUUUCGUAUAUUCUGAUCGGGAGAGUCUUGUGGAGGACUUGCGGGUGCUGAUCGAAUGCGGUACACCCGUAGACGCAGUCAAUGGGGACGGCAAAACAGCUGUUGAGCAGAGCUGUAGCGUCGAUUUCGAUGAUCCUCGAGGGCGGUACAAAGACAGACUGCUCCGGCCCAAGAUAUGGCGUAAAACUCUUGAGAUCACUGGACAUGACCCAAGACAGUUUCAAGUCCUCGUGGACGCAUUUCCAGACCUGCAAGGAAAUGUCGACACCCAGACCACCUCACACACCGAGAAAAGCGAACUUGCAGCUAGUGGUUCGGCCUGCCCUCAAGAUUCUACGACUCUGGGCAGCAACAUCCGUUUCUAUCCCUGGGGCCCGGGCAGAGUCUGUACCGACACUGAGGAUAUCGCCUCUCGUCAGAGCUCCGAAGCAUCACUGGACCAUGAUCCCAGCUCUCCGGCGGCCCAGGCACGGACUUCCGAACCGCCUUCCCCGUCUCCAUCCGCCCGUUUCCGCGCACCGGCGGGCACCUUCUGGGACGUCAUCGACUACGCAGUGGAGCAGCAAGAGGGCAAUCCAUGGGAGAGUUGA